AUGUCGUUUGUUCUCCCUAAAAGACUCCUCGCAUAUGUCGAUGGCAAGUUCUCCAUCAUCGAUCCGCCCGCCCAUGGGGUCCACGAAUUCCACAUCGUCUCCUACACCUGGGGCACCAAAGUCCCGCAGUAUGACCCGGGGAUCGCGGGCCUGAACUGGACGGUCAAGAUCUCCCCCGAGAGGCUCAACGACAUCAAGAGAUUGAUGCAGACCGCCGGAUUGAAAUAUUUAUGGGUAGACUGCGUGUGUAUCAAUCAAGAUGACGAGGAGGAGAAGAUGAUUGAGAUUGCCAAAAUGUACAGGUACUACAAAAGUGCCUUGCAAUGCCAUAUUUUGGUGCACAUGGACGAGGUCUGGUAUCCCCAGCAGAUUGUCGAGGACCUUCGUUUUGUCGACCAUAUCCUGUCCUACAUGGGAGGCGCGGCGCUCGCAAAGGAGGCCAGGUUGGGUGAGAAUCUGACGAGCAUCCUCAACGACUGGGAGCACGGGAAGUGGAUGUUUCCUGUCGACAAGGGAACCGUCCGAUCUGCCGGGAUUGAACUCGGAAUCCUUAAUUGCUACGCUACGAGCAUCUACCACGUCAUCACACUCUUCCACAACCUGUAUUUCUCGAGAGUUUGGACGUUCCAGGAAAUGCUGCUCGGAAAGGAGAUCUUGAUGUGGGGAGUCAACACUGAGAUCGUUCGCGAGAUUGGAGAGCUCGAUACCUGGAUGGAUCUGGCCACAGCCUGCACCGACAAGGCGUACAAGCUGCAGGCGUGGAUUGAAAUACCCCGGGUUCUGAAGCCAAACGCGGUCAAUGCCGUCCUGAGGGUCAUCGAAGAGCACAAAAUCCUUCUUGGGAGCCUGCAGACGCAGGUGAAAGGCAUCAGCUCUGCUAGAACUGACAUCAUCGCGGGAGGGCCGAAUUGGUGGGAGGAUAACCACAAGGGAAUCAGUAACAUCUUCUCGGCAAUAUCUAUCACUCCAAGAGAAUGCAACCCCGAUGAAAAAGCCGACGUCUUCAAGGGGCUCCUGGGAGUUUUCAGCGGACUCUUCACGGCGGAGGAAAUUGGGCAGAAGAUGAACAAGAACAGAACCCUUGACGAAAUCUCCUUUGCCUUUUUCCAGCAGCUAUCCUUGAAAACCGACUGUGCGUGGACAAGGCUCUCUAUCAGCAGCGGAGAGAGAGAGUCGUGGGAUUGGAUUCCCGUGGUAGCAGACUCUGGUCAGCCGUUAACAACAGACUGUUUCUCCGGCGUGGUAAAUCUGGGGCGUGCGAAGGCCAAUGGCUUGGCGAAAUCUACAGCGGUAACUGGUCUCAUUGGCACUCCUCGUCCCUACAUGAAGAUCAAAAUGCUCGAGGGAGAUGGCAGUUUCCGGUUCGUCUUCAAAGGCUGCAACUGCGGAAAGAAAGUCAAGACCAGCACGUUCGGAAGCGAGCGUAUACCCACUAUGGACCAGUGCAGAGAUGUCGUCAAGGAUGAGACGGGCAGAAUGCUGGUGCAGUGUGCCACUCUCCUAGGAAGCAUACUAGACCCCGUAAACGACGUCGUGAAAUAUCGGAGGAAUCUCCUCCGGAAGUUGCAGCCUGAUUGGAACUGGACCGACCCCAGUGCCAAACCAACGCUUUGGGCGGACAGGUGUGUCAGUGGCACAACGUGGGAAAACCCCCAUCCGGAGGGCGUCCGAGCCCAUAACUGGUCGAUGAACUACAACUUUGUCGAUAUUUUUGACUGCGGAUCCCGACUUUACAACAAGGCUACCGCUAAUCUGUUGUGUGAGGUAACAAUCAAUUGCGGCUGUACAAUCACUGGUCCAUUUGUUUUGAUGAUCGAGGCACUCACUGCGGUGCACGGUAGCUUCCUCGGAGACACAUCGGCAGCACUGGAUUCUGAUAAUCGAAUCGUUCUCCGAGAUGGUAUGGGGCUGAUCCAGGUGGGGGAUGUGGGCAAGGCCUUCAAUGUUGUUGCAUUUGGAGGAGACGUGGGUGCCUACAAGAGUUACGCCUCGACCUGCAGGAGCACAAAGAGGGACAAGACCGCACCAUUUGGCAAUAAACAGUUUCCUUAUGGUAGAGCUCUUGUCAGGGACGAGUUCUCACACGGAAUUGGUGACGUUGGGAGAGACUAUGGGUACGUCGAGACUGGAGGUUCUGGAAACUUGUUGAUCUAUCGUGGCCACCCAAUGGGCAAGUACAAGAUUGUCGGCGUCUGCAUAGAUGAACAUGUUGCAAAUAAGAAGGGGAGAAAUUCUGUCGUCAUUCGUUGA